AUGUCGGAAACAGAAUUGAGGCAGAGACAAGCACAGUUCACUAAGGAGCUGCAUGGAGACGACAUUGGGUCGAAGAGCGGGUUCAAGGCGUUCAUCUCGAAGAACAAAUCUGCGCAGAAGUCUGCGGUGGACAAGUACUUGAAGCAUUGGGACGGUAAGGUCGACAAGGAAACAGAGGACAAAAGAUUGGAGGACUACAACGAGGGCACGCACUCGUACUAUAACGUGGUGACGGACUUCUACGAGUACGGGUGGGGGUCGUCAUUCCACUUCAGUCGGUACUACAAGGGAGAGAACUUCGCGGCAGCGUGCGCCAGACACGAGCACUACCUGGCCUACCAGGCAGAAAUAAAGAAGGGCGACCUGGUUCUGGAUGUGGGGUGCGGUGUCGGUGGACCGGCGCGCGAGAUCGCCCGUUUCACAGGCUGCAACGUCAUCGGUCUGAACAACAACGAUUACCAGAUUGCGAAGGCCAAGUGGUACGCCAAGAAGUUCGGGCUGGCUGACAAACUGGACUUUGUCAAGGGCGACUUCAUGAAGAUGGAGUUCGACGCGAACACCUUCGACAAGGUCUACGCCAUCGAGGCCACGUGCCACGCGCCAAAAUUGGAACAGGUCUAUUCGGAGAUCUACAAGGUCCUGAAGCCAGGCGGUACGUUUGCCGUCUACGAGUGGGUCAUGACUGACAAGUACGACGAAAACAACCCAGAACACAGGAAAAUUGCGUACGAAAUCGAGCUUGGUGACGGAAUCCCAAAGAUGUUCACCAAGAAAGUCGCCCAGGACGCGUUGAAAAACGUCGGUUUCGACGUGCUCGUCGAAGAUGAUCUAGCUGCAAAGGACGAUGAGAUCCCAUGGUACUACCCGUUGACAGGUGAAUGGAAGUACGUGCAGAACCUCGGGGAUCUAGCGACUUUCCUGAGGACCUCGUACUUGGGCAGGAAGUUUACGUCCACAAUGGUUGCCGCAAUGGAGAAAGUCGGUGUCGCUCCCGAAGGAUCAUCGAAAGUUACCAACGCCUUGGAGGAAGCUGCUGUCGGCCUGGUAGCCGGUGGCAGAGCUAAAUUGUUUACGCCAAUGAUGCUGUUUGUUGCAAAAAAACCAUUGGAUACUAAAUAG